AGGAUUUGGGAGUGACGCGUACACGAGAGUCAGUUUAUCCCUCUGUGCUUCGCUAUGAGAAAAAAAAUACUUGGACUAACUCGAGCAGCCACUGCCAGCGUCCGUUAAUCAGCUAACUAUGACGCGGGUUUACAUUUUCUUUUGAAUGGAGUAGAACCGGAAUGUGUAGUGGUAGUGAGUGAUCUAUCAGGCCGGGGAUUAAACUCGCCUGGGCCGCCUUCCUCCUCCUCGUCCUCCUCCGCCGCCGCCGCCUCCUCCUCCUCGGUGCUGCUGCUGCUGCUCCUGCUGCUGGGACAAACUUUGGAGAAGUUCUUUUGUAUUCGACACAGUCGCACAGCUUGUGUUGGCCGACAAGCAGAACAUGGACUGGGGCACGGAGCUGUGGGACCAGUAUGACAUCAUCGAGAAGCACACACAGUCGGGCCUGGAGCUGGUGGAGAAGUAUGUGAAGUUUGUGAAGGAGAGGACGGAGAUUGAGCAGAACUAUGCCAAACAACUGAGGAACCUUUCGAAGAAGUAUAACCUGAAACGAGGCAGCAAAGACGAACCCGAGUGCAGAUUGUCCAGCUACCAGUCGUUUUUGGACAUCCUGAAUGAGAUGAAUGACUUCGCCGGGCAGCGGGAGCUAAUUGCAGAGAACAUGAUGAUGAACAUUUGCAUCGAUCUCACCAAGUACUUGCAAGAGCUGAAGCAGGAACGGAAGAUGUAUCUGAUGGAGGCCAAAAAGGCCCAGCAGAGUUUGGAAAGCACCUACAAACAACUUGACAGUAGUAAAAAGCGCUUUGAGCGAGAGUGGAGGGAAGCGGAGCGUGCGGCGCAGUACGCAGAGAAGACCGAUCAAGACAUCAAUGCCACGAAAGCCGACGUGGAAAAGGCCAAACAACAGGCCCACAUGAGAGCCCACGUCGCCGAGGAGUGUAAGAACGACUACGCCUCUCAGCUGCAGAAGUUCAACAAGGAGCAGAGCCAGUUCUAUUUUAACGACAUGCCAAUUAUUUUCAAUAAACUGCAGGAUCUGGACGAGCGGCGAGUACGAAAGUUGGCCCAAGGCUACAUCUUGUUCUCUGACAUCGAGAAGCAUGUGAUGCCCAUCAUUGGCAAGUGCCUGGAAGGCAUGACUAAAGCCGGCACUAACGUUAAUGAGAAGAAUGACUCCAUGGUCGUAAUAGAGCAGAACAAGUCGGGCUUUGAGCGUCCGGGAGAUGUGGAGUUUGAGGACUUCAGUCAGGGCAUCAACCGCGCGUCAUCAGACAGUAGCCUGGGGACACCUAAAGGUCCCAUGGACCUUCUGGGGAAGAACAGGAGCAAGAACUUUUGGCUUUUCAGCAAAAAGAGUAAGCUCUCUCCGUCCACGCUCCCACCUUUCUCCACCCCCCCCGCCCCCUCGCCUGCUAACGGACCCCCGUCCCCCAAGUUCGGCCGGGACCCCCUGUCGUACUGUUUGAAGGAGAUCAAUAAGACAGUCAAACCCAGAAUCUCUUCCUUCCGGACGCUCAGGAGAUCGAGGUUUACACCAGAGAGGAUCAUGACCACAGUGACGGAGGACUUCGCACAUCUCCCUCCGGAGCAGCGCAGGAAGAGGCUACAGCAGAAACUGGACGAAAUAUGCAAGGAACUGCAAAAGGAAGUGGAUCAGAGCGAGGCCCUCGGGAAGAUGAAAGACGUCUAUGAGAAGAAUCCUCAGAUGGGAGACCCAGCCAGUCUGGCAUCCCAAAUCAGCCAGACGUCCCAGAACAUCGAGCGACUGCGAGGAGAGCUCAACAAGUACGAGACGUGGCUGUCUGAAGCAGGAGGUCGAGGGGAAACGCUGCGCUAUAAAACUCACACAUUCAACAACAACGGAGCUCAUGACAUACAAAGUCCUGAUGGAGCUCACUCUGAUGAAAGCACGCCCGAUCCGUCUCAAGCCAUCUACGCCGAGUUUGAUGACGACUUUGAAGACGACGAACUGACCGUUCCAAUCGGGAACUGCACCGCCAUGUACAACUUCCCCGGUGCCAGUGAAGGGACCAUCUCCAUGCAGGAAGGGGAGGUGCUGGCUGUGGUGGAGGAGGACAAAGGGGACGGCUGGACGCGCGUCCGCAGGAACAACGGCGACGAAGGCUACAUACCGACCUCUUACGUCACCAUCGCCAUAAACAAAUGACGGACGCACACACAACGCGAGGAACGACAGAGGAAGAGAUUAACAUUUCAUUCAGAUGAAUGCAGUUCUUACCGUGAAGCAACGCUGAGCGCGACAGAGAGAGAAACUGCUGCUGUUACAGGAACGCAAGGAUUUUCAUUUCAUGAGAAAGUUUCCUCCACGUGAGCAGAGAGGUGCUAACGGUCCUAGUUCCUAAUUUCACCGUAAUCCCAUUUUUAGCCACCGAAACCACAAGGUUAUUUUCAUUUCCAUUGCAUGCCACAACAUAUAUAUAUAUAUUUAUAUAUUUCUUUUCCAGUGUUUCUUUGAGCUCAGGUUCCAUCGACGGUACAAGUGCUUUCCUCGUUCCACAGCUUGGCAUGAGGAGGAGGAGGAGGAAGAAGAUGAAGAUGAGUGCUGCUGCUGCCAUCUUUACACUGAGUGUUAAUAACAGUAAUACACGAGUAUAUGGAAGAGGAUCAGGGCCACAUGUGAACCUUUAUUUUGUAAACAAAAUUGAAGUAGGCCAGAGUUCAGAGAAAAAGUCAGAUUUCAAACAAUAAAAAGUCCAAAGUCUGAGGUUAGAGUAAAAAAAGUCAGAUUUCUAAGAUUAAAGUUAGUCCUGAGAAAAAAUCUGAAAAUCUGACUGUUUUUCUUGAAGGGGAAAAACAUAUUGUUAGAAUUCUUUGAGAAAAAAGUCAAAUCUUGUGAAAAAAUUCCUUCAAGAAAAAAAAAUCACAUAAUUCAAAACUUUUGAUUUUAAAAUAACAAUUCUGACUUUUCUGCAAGAAUUGUGUGAUUUUUUUUUUUUUUAUAUAAACAUUUGGCUCUAAUCCUCCUCUGCACAAGUAGGACGUUACCUCACCUUUUCACCUAAUUUCUCUCACAGAUGGAGAAUAAUCUAAUCUGCGGCUCCAGUGUUGCCACUUCUCGCAGCACAUGUUAUUCUGGAGAUCUUUAGUCACUUUCUUUUUUUUAGUUCAGGCGAUUGCGUCACUUUUCAGGUGGCUUCAGCGUCCAAAGGCGUCUUUCUGUGUCCAGAUUAGUUACAAACGCGUCUAAUGUGCAGACAAUCUCUCCAAUAAUCAUCAUCAUUUCACCGUAAACCGUAGCUGUUUUUUUGCCUGACAAAACAAAUGUACUAAAAUAAUUUAUUACAAAUGUGUAAAAUAUUAUUUUCCCGUUGGACAGAAGUCGUACUUUUGUAUUUGAGGAUUUGAGGUUCUCACGUGGAUGAUCUCUCCCCCCCCUUUGCACACUUAGUGGACAGUUUGUGGCCACAAAAGGGAGUAAAUGAGGCACAUGUCGAGUGUGCUGCAUUAAGACUAUUGUAUUUAUGUAAUAAAUAAUAUAUAUUUUAGCUAUCACAACACCACUAUUGUCUUAUUUAGCUUUUUUUAACCGUUCAAAAUAAAGACAGUCACGUCGUGAGAGCAAACUAAAAGACCCUCAUGUUGCUACUAGUGUUUUUGUUUUUAAUCUAAUGUUUUGUUUUUGCUUCACAAUUUUCACACCAAUCCACGUCCAAUUUAUUUUAUUUCAUUUUAUUUUAUGUGUUAUUAUUAUUGAGCCAACAGGAAGCAGUUACUGCUCAUGUGUCUUUGGUGCCUUUCUGGUUAAAAGCAUAAUGUAUAUACUUCAUUUUCUUUUUGCAUAUAACAUAUUUCAUUCUUUCUUUUUUUGUUGUUUAUUUUCCAAGACUAAAUAAAUGCAAAGCACAUUUCAAAGUUAGAAA